AUGUUGCUUGAGUGCUACAAUCGAGAUAUUUCUCAUGGAAUACCUGUAAAUGUCGAGGCUGGAUUUGAAGAUGUGCUGAUAUUGGGUCGAUUUGUCGAGAAACUUGCAAGUAUUGCUGGCUAUCAGCAGGUACGUGUUGACGAAGACAAUUUAUCGGCAAAUACGUCAUGUGGUUCGGAAUACGAGGAUGAAAUUGACGGGGAGAUCGAUUGUCUUUGUUGGCAAUCUAAAGCAAAAAAGGUGAAUCUGCAUCGGACUCGUCCAAUCUUGAUGUUUGUCGAAGAUAAGGUCCUCCCUCUCGGCUUUUCCUUCCCUGGCGGCAGUGCCGGAUAUUUCGAGAUCACUCAAACUCCAGGCGACACCCACUAUCGAUUCGCCUAUAUGCCGGGUCUGAAUCGCAAGUAUGAAUUAGAGCCGGAAGACUUCGACCGCCGAGCAACGAGAAGAGCAACUUAUCUCAUGCAUAAUGUAAUGUUACAGAGUCCACCCAAACCAAACAAUCAACGUGUGUUUAAACUGCGUAAUGGAAGACGCAGAGUUGCUGUGAGCCCGUUUGUGAAUCUCGCCGAGGUCGAUGUGUUCGUGGAUUUGGGUGUAUUCUCGGAUGAUGUUUUCCGUGGUGGCAUUCGGAAGGAUAAUUUUACGCCAAUU